UCACGUGACUUGGUCGGUUUGACACGAGUCCAUUAUCAGUGCUCUGAAUCACUGCUAUCAUUCAGAUUAGAUGCGGUCAGAAGCGACAAAUAAGUAUGAGGAUCCUUUCCUUCAUUUUUUGGGUUUUAUUACUAGUGGACGUUUCUCCAUCUGGUCAUGUCAAAACCGACAAAGACUCCAACAGGGCAAACAUAGAACAGUAUUCUGACAUGAAUGUGUUUGUUGCUGUAGCAGAUGGAGUGGAGACAAUAAUAGUGAUGGAGGGAGAUUCUGUCACUUUAACCACUAAUGUUACUGAAAUAAAAAGCCAUGAUACAGUACUUUGGCUAUUUAGAGAUAUUAUCAUAGCUAAAAUGAAUAAAGAAGCUAAAAUGUACAAUACAUCCGAGGAAGAGAGAUUCAGAGACAGACUGGAGCUGGACAAACAAACUGGAGAUCUCACCAUAAGAAACAUCAGAACUGAACACACUGGACAGUAUCAGCUAAAGAUCAAGAGCACAACUGAGACAUCGAAGAAAUUCAGUGUUACUGUCCGUGAUGAAGUGGCGUCAGUGUCACUGAUGGAGGGAGAUUCUGUCAUUCUACAGACUGAUGUUACUGAAACACAGGGAGGUGAUCAGAUACUGUGGAAGUUUGGAGGCCAAGGCACCCUCAUUGCUAGCUUAAAUGGCACUAUUGAUGCUAGAUGGAAAAACAUGAUCAAAUUGAAUGAUCAUACUGGAGACCUCACCAUCAGAAACAUCCAAACUGAACACGCUGGAGACUAUCAUUUGGAGAUCAACAACAGCAGCACGAUCUUACACAGGAAAUUCCAUAUUGCAGUUAGUGAUCUCCCCCAGAGUUCACAUUGGCAGACAACUGGUCCAGUGUUGGCAUUCAUUGUUGUGAUCCUAAGCGUGAUCGUUAUCGCAAUCUGCAUUGGGAUCAAGAUGGGUAGGGUUAAAGUAUGUUUGUCCUGCAAGAAGAAUGGAGAAACAGAUACAGACACUGAUACAAUGGAGCCAUUAAACACAGAUGCCCAUCAACAGUAGUUCAUAGUCGGUACACAUUAAUGGUGUUUGAAAAUCAACUAUUUUGCACUGUGAAAAGGAGUUCAAACUUUCAUUUUUGUUGGCAUAAAUAGAAAACGGUGCUUUCGUUUAUUAUUAAGUUGAAGUUUGUCAUUCAGAUUCAUUCCUUAUCUGUAAAGAAAGUUUAGAAACAUUUUUUUUUUUUUUA